UCGUACGCCUGACGGCCUGACUCUCUUCAGCAUCCCCCGAGUAGCUACAUGAGCGUGUGGUCACGGGCCACGCGAAUCACGAUAGUCACGUACACAUUUUUUUUUUACUAUUCCUGUUUCUUUUUCUCGCAUUUAAUCCUUUCACACCAUCCCGACAAUUUUUUUUUUUGAAAAAGAAUUUUGAAAAAAUAUUUUCGAAAAUUCUAGAAAAACAAAAAGGAAUACCCACAAGAGAAAUUUGUAUUAAAUUUUCAUUUAAUUAUUUACAACUGACCUGGAAAAUCCGAGGGGGGCGGAAAUUUCGUUCAUCGAUAUUUGGGGUCUCUCUUCAAAGAUUUUGGGUGUGUUAAGCGGCGACGGUGUGAGAGAGAGAGAGAGAGUUGAAAUUCCCGAAUUAAGAGAUCCUGGACCACGACUGCUGUUGAAAAGAAGAUGCUGGACUAAGGCGAUCGAAUUUAACCUCAGGAUAUGGUGGUUCGUUGAAAAAAAUCUAAAUCCAUAAUGGGGCUCUACAUACCAGGUGUAGCAGGAUUCGCGACUUUCUAUUCUGGAAUCCUUGGGGUUGGAAUAUGGGAGGCGGUAUUAAAGAGAAAAAAAAUCCAACAAGGACAAGAUCAAAUGCUCCUGGGGAAUAGAGAUCUUGGAAUUUUUUGUGGAGUAUUUUCUCUUAUCGCGACAUGGGUCGGUGGCGCCUUCGUGAAUGGAACUGCCGAGAUGAUGUUCGCAAGAGGUCUGGCAUGGUGCCAGGUUCCCAUUUGCUACAGUCUCAGUCUGCUUUUUGGUGCAAUACUAUUUGUGAAACCAAUGAGAAAAGCGGAAUACAUAACGAUGCUCGAUCCACUGCAGCAACGAUACGGUGCCAAAAUUGGUGGCUUAUUGUUUAUACCCGCACUUUGUGGCGAUUUGUUUUGGUGUGGAGCUGUAUUGCGAGCUUUGGGAAGUUAUCUCUCAGUAAUUACAGGACUAGACACAUAUCUUAGUGUUUGUGUAUCCGCCCUCUUGGCAGCAAUAUAUUCACUAUUUGGUGGAAUGUACUAUUUAGCUGGGACUGAUGCAUUACAAUUAAUUUGCAUUAUGCUCGGUCUGGGAAUAUCUGCGCCUUACAUUAUUUUCCAUCCGGCAGUGGCGCUUGAAAAAAAUUUGGCACGACAAGAUUGGAUUGGUGAAAUAAAAAAUGAGGAUCUUGGCCUUUGGGCUGAUGGAGCACUUUUAUUAAUUUUCGGCGGCAUUCCUUGGCAGGGUUAUUUCCGACGAGUUCUAAGUAUGAAAAGUAGUUCAAUGGGAAGGACACUUUCGAUCACUUCGAUGAUCGGUUGCAUGGCUUUAGCCGUUCCUGCAGCAUUGAUGGGCGUUGUAGCUCGUGCUACAGAUUGGUAUUUAGUCGAGGGCUACAAUAGAACUAUAUCGACAGAUAAUGGAAACGCAAUAUUGCCUCUGAUAUUAAGGCUUUUAACUCCCCAAUGGGUGUCUUUUAUUGGUUUGGGUUCAAUGGCAGCCGCAGCAAUGUCAUCAGCAGAUUCUAGUAUUCUUUCCAGUAGUUCAAUGUUUGCCAGAAACAUUUAUAGAUUCGCACUGAGACCAAAGGCAUCGGAAAGGGAAUUGAAGUGGAUCUUAAGAUUCGCUGUGAUUGCCGUUACUUCUCUUUCGACCGGAGUUGCCAUCACAUUUGGCAGUAUUUAUCAAAUGUCUUUUCUAUGCUCUGAAUUCGCAUACGUUGUACUGUUCCCACAACUUCUCUCAGUGAUUUACUGGCCUUCUUUGGUUAACACUUGUGGGUAUUUCGCUGGAUUUGCUACCAGUAUUUUGUGCCGUUUAGCAGCUGGGGAGAAAUCAGUAGGAAUACCAGUUUUCAUCGAAUAUCCAUUCUUCGAUCGCAAUACGAAUACACAACGAUUUCCAUAUCGAACCACAGCAAUGAUUAGUGGACUUUUAAUGCAACUUGUUGUAAGUUUCAUAACAAAAUUAUUCUUGAAAGACGACUAUUCAUCAGGAAAAUCAAAGAAUCAGACCGGAGUUGUUCUAAGUAAUUCGGGAGCUGCACUUAUCGACUCGACAUUAAAUGAAUCAUCAAGUGGACCAAGUACAUUGGACGGCGACAGAAUGAGCACCAGCAUGACAAUGAACAGUCAAUUGAAUCGUUACGACGCCUCAAAUGAAUUCUAUCAAAUUACAAAGAGCUGCACCGAGGAGAACAUUCAAAUAGCAAAUCAGAGUUUGAGAAAUUUGCAGAACUUACAAGAAUCCGUGAGGUCACCGAAUCGAUUGAAUCCAAUUCCCCAUCCUCCAGUUAUCAACCACACUGGCCAAAUUCUUGGAGUGAGAAACCUGACCAAUUCAUUGGGUCAACCUGUGUUACCCAUUAAGGAGAUGAACAAUUGUUUGCCAAAUUCCAUUAAGCAUGUUGAUGCAACGAUGCUGAAUAAUUCCACUCCCUAUGCAAAAUCAGAUAAAUUACGUGGGGAGAAUGAUAAAAUUGCUGAUCGCAGCAAUAUGGAGCUAAAUUUAAAUCUUCACGAUGGAACCGGAAUUCUCAAGAAAAAUGUCAAGGGUGUUAAACUAAUUGGAAUGGAAACUGGAACACUUAGACGACCAUCAUUACAGGGGACAUUUUCACCAACACCGUCUGUGGAACUGGUUCAUAUACUCGACAGAAGGCAAAGUAAUGGCUCCUUUGGUCCAAGUUCAUUGUCACCAGUGCCAGGAGUUGAGGCAUGCAAAACACAUGGAACUGCUAUGGGUGGUCAUGGAGGAAACGAACAUUGCAGAAUCAAAAGAGGCAUUGUCAGGCAUCAUAGUUUCAAUGAAACUGGCGAUCGAAUAUUAACGACACUCGCCAGACAACCAACUUAUCCGUCAAUGCCUCUUCGUCCCGAAGAUGGUCGUAUGACACUCAGAAGAGACAAAAGGCCUCAUUCAAUAAUUGCUCGACAUUCGUCAAUAAUUGACGAUAAGAAUAUUCACAUUUCGAGUUUUGGAACAGUAACAAGUCCCACUUGCGGAAUGCAUACACCAACUGUUCAAACGUGCAAUUAUUUUUUGGCUGACGACGAAGCUGUUAGCAGAUUUUAAGCGUGAGUAUUUUUUUUGUUAAUCAUCGAAAAAAAACAUUAAGACCAUGUGGGGAAAAGUCCUCCUGAACUAGUGGUUUCAAGUUGAAAUAUUCAAUUUUUUUUUGGGGUAAAUUUUGACUAUUAACUAUGAAAAUAUAGUUGAUAAAAAGUACUUUAAAGUUUUUACUGAAAGAGAAAUAAACAUACUCUCGACAUUUUUAAAAAAUAGUUUCUGAAGGAAAGGUUUAAUUUCUCCACUUGAGAACGCCAAGGUCGCCACCAGGUGGCAGGAGAAAUUCCAAGAAAGGACUCAACUGCCAUCUGGCGGUGACCUUGGCGUUCGCAGGUGGAGAAUAGCGCUUCCAUAUUGAAUCUCUUGUUCGCAAUUUUGUAACUAUUUCUGAAAAUUGUAAAAAAAAUGAGAAGUUAUUUACGAAACCUUCUCUCCAUGACCUUAAGUAUUCUUCUUUCAUUUUUUGUUCUAAAAAUCGUAAUAAAAGGAACUCGACUCGAAAAGUAACAUCAACAGCAAAUAAACUAGCAACAUUACUACUCUCAAUAUUCUAUGACAGAAAAAUUACCACUCAUAGAAAAUUGAGAUUAAAACAAAUAUCCAUAUUGCAUUAAAAAUUUAUAAGUCAUAAAAAAAUCCUUCAAAGAUAAAUGUAAAUAUUAAUUUUACAUCUCUUAAA